AUGAGCACAGCAGUCGGCGAAGACAUGUCUGCCCCCGCUCGCGCCUCCGUGCUGAUCGCAAAUCUAUCCUCAGUCUCAAAACGCAUUGCUGCAGCAUCAAACGGCCGAAACAACCACAGUGAAACCAGCCCCAGCUCCAGCGCCGGCCCUGUUGCUGCGACCUCGACCAGCGACAGUAAUAAUAGCUCUGCAGCUCCUCCCGUGCGCCUCGUCGCAGUAUCCAAACUAAAGCCGGCCUCUGAUAUCCUUGCGCUUCACUCCCCACCUACAUCCCACCUGCACUUCGGAGAAAAUUACAUGCAGGAACUCCUUGAGAAGUCCAAGGCCCUGCCCCCCGAAAUCAGAUGGCACUUCAUCGGCGGACUGCAGUCGAACAAAUGCGUUACACUUGCACGCGAAGUACGGGGACUAUGGGCCGUUGAGAGCGUGGAUACAGAGAAAAAGGCGUCAUUGCUGGAUAAAGGCUGGGGCGAACGAGCGGAAUUCAAGCAGAAAGAAAACGACGCCAAUGGACCUUCGGACAGACGGCUACGCGUGUUUGUGCAGGUUAAUACAUCGGGAGAAGAGAAUAAAUCAGGCAUACAGCCAGGCGAGCCUACGCUGGAACUCUGUCGGUUUAUCAGAGAAAAGUGUCCUCGGCUGAAACUCCAGGGUUUAAUGACUAUUGGGGCCAUCGCGCGAUCUAAGGCUACUACGCCGGAAAACGAGAAUGAAGACUUUGCUUGUCUACGGGAUACAAGAGAUAUGGUGGUAGAGAAGUUAUCGUUGAAGGGGGAGGACACAUUGGAAUUGAGUAUGGGCAUGAGUAAUGAUUUUGAGGGCGCAAUUGCGAUGGGCAGCAACCAGGUCAGGGUUGGGAGUACGAUUUUUGGGGCUCGUCCACCCAAGGGCGAGGCAAAGUCAUAA